AAAACGUUUAAUAUGUGAGUUAUCUCCUGGAAGCUAAUGGAGUUAGCUUAGCGUGCUAACUGGAAAUAGAAGAAACGUGAAUGAGAGAAAAUGUCUCACAAACUACUGGACGCUGUUUUAAAGCCCGAAGUCCGGAUACACAGAGCGGACGUCCAGCUGCUGUCGGUGAGUAAAGAAGAGGAUCCUCCUGAGCAGCAGGAGUGGAGCCCCAGUCUGGACCAGGAGGACCCACCAGAGCUGCCACACAUUAAAGAGGAACAGGAGGAGGAACUCUGGACUGGUCAGGAGGAAGAGCAGCUUAGAGGGCUGGAGGACGCGGAUAUCAUCAAGUUCACAUUCUCUCCUGUCUCUGUGAAGAGUGAAGAAGAGGAGGAAGAGAAACCUCAGCCCUCACAGCUUCAUCAAACUGAAGUGAACAGAGACGCAGAAGCUGAUGGAGAGGACUGUGGAGGACCAGAACCAGCCGGGAACUCAGAUCCAGGUAGUCAUUUACAGUCUGAUCCUGAUGAUGAGACGUCAGACUCCUCUGAGAGUGAGACUGAUGACAGUUGUGAUUGGGACGAGACCAGGGAACCUCAGUCAGGUUCAAAACCUCAGAAAAACACAGUAGAACCUGAAAGUGAUAACUCCUCUGAAUGUGAUUCAAGCAUUGGACAGGACCUGCAGGAACACAAAGGCACAGAAACAGAAGUGAAACCAUUUAGGUGCUCAUUUUGUGGUAAAAGAUACGCCCUGAAGGGAUCCUUAAAGACUCAUUUGAGACUUCAUUCGGGUGAAAAACCUUUCAGUUGCCCAGUUUGUAACAAAGCCUUUCUACGGAGAGGAGUGGUUAGGAUGCACAUGAGAAUCCACACAGGGGAGAAACCCUUCAGCUGCUCUGUCUGUGGCGUAAGAUUCACACAAAGCUCGUCUUUGACUACACACUUACGAGUUCACACAGGAGAGAAACCCUACACAUGCUCAGUUUGUGAAACAAGUUUCAGUGUCAAAAGCGCUCUAACUCAACACAUGAGGAAGCACACUGGUGAGAAACUCUUCAUUUGCUCCUUCUGCGGUAAAGGAUUCUCAAGAAGCACAACUUUGACCUUACACUUAAGAGGUCAUACAGGGGAAAGACCUUUCACAUGCUCCGUUUGUCAAGCAGCCUUCGGUCUCAGAGCCACGUUGUCCCAGCACAUGACAAUCCACACAGGGGAGAAACCCUUUGUCUGUUCCGUCUGCGGUAAAGGAUUCGCACGAAGUGCAACUUUGACCGCACAUGUAAGAAUUCAUACAGGAGAAAAACCUUUCACAUGCUCAGUUUGUGAAAAAAGCUUCAGUGACAGAACCUCUUUAUCCAGACACACGAGAGUCCACACAGAACCAACUAAUCAGUUGUGAUAAAGGAUUCAAUCGGAUUAAUAGAAGUAAACUAGAAAAUUUCUCAUAAAAACUUCUCUCCAGACGGGUGUAACCACUGUGUCUACUUCAGUCAAAGCACUCUAAAGCACUAUUUUCACAAGUCUUAUCAAAAUAAAGCCAUAUAAAGGCCUCAUAAAUAAUCAAUAAAUUAUUUUUAGAGUGUGCCUGCAGUCUGUAUGCUGACAUCGUAUAGUUUCAGAUUAGUUAACUGACAUUUGGGGAAAAAGAAUCCCAGCUAACUGAAACCAUAUUGUGUAUAAAAUACACAGGAAAUGUAUUUUAGUUUAGUCAAUUUGGUCAAAUUUGGAGUCACAUGAUCAUUUUAAUUGUUUUUUUUUGUGUUGUUUACAAUAUUUCAUCUGACCUGUGACCUGUGAUUGAUUUACCUUUAUAGCACAACUAACCUCCAAGUGACUGCAAAUACAUCCCUCCGGGCCCAGCUCAGCUUCUAGGUUCACUCAGAGCGGCGGUUUAAAGUCUUAUUUAAAGUCCCGUAAACAUCUACUUUAAUGAUCAGCUUCAAGUCAGUUGAAAGAAAUAAGUACAUGAUAACUAAUCUCCUUCCUACCAGGUUCUUUAUUUCUAUGAAACAGCCUUUAAAGUUGUAUUUUCAUCAACAAUCUUCCAGUAGUUGAAGAGUAUUUUGACUUGUUACAGGUCAUUUAUAAGUUAUUUUUUAUUUUAUUUUAACACAGUAACCUUCCUGCUCCUGUGUUUUUGAAACGAGUACUGAAAACUGAUUAUACUAUUCUCUCGCCUUAAACAUUUUCAUCUGUGUAGCAGGAAUAAAUGAGUAAUUACAAUGUUUUAAUGAUUAAUUGUGUGUUGAUUUAUGACUAAUCAGUCAUAAACUUAUUGUAAACCAUGUGAAGUUACUGAGAAAGACUUGUGGUGCUUUAGUAUGUGUGUUGAUUUAUCAAAAAACAAAUAAUUAUGUAGCAUCAAUUGUAACUUAUUCAACAGCAGGAAAUAAAGUCAAAUAAAAUGUACUGGACACUGAA